AUGAGGAAGAACAUCUUCAAAGUAAUAGAAAAUAAUAGUAACGAGGAUAUUUUAAAGGAAGACUCUCAAGAUCUAUCAGAAGCAGAUGGUGAUUUUUAUAAGGACAUCUUAAUAAAUUCUACAUUCUUUAAAACAUUGCUAAAAAAACGUAAAAAUUAUCCAUUAGAGACGCAAAAUGUUACGUCAAUAACGGGUAGAAUAAUGAGAUGGGACGAUUUAGAAACUCCAGCUAAGUUCACACAACCAGUUAAAAAUCAGGGAAAAUUGCUAUUUAACAACGAACCAUUAUCUCCUCAACAUCAAUCGCUGGCGAAGAACGUGUUAGAAAUAAAAGUUAAAAAGACGGGAUGUUAUCGAAAUAACUCAAAAGUACUUACAUACUAUACACAAUCGCCAAAAAAUCGCGGAAUCUUGCUUUUGGUUAAUAACAUUGACUUUAGAGAGAAAAAAAGGAUAAGAAAUGGCGCUAUCGUUGAUCAAGCGAAUAUUGUAGAACUUUUUACACAACUCGGUUUCGUUAUUGUUCAAGAAAAAAAUAAAACGAAAUCAGAAAUGGAAAAAAUCGUACAAUCGUUCGCUUCUAAUCCAGAUUUAUAUAAAUACGAUAUGUGUAUCACUAUUGUUAUGAGUCAUGGUGGAAAAAUAAAUGGUCAAACUGUGAUCGAAAGUAUUGAUGAAAAAAAUUUAAGUGCCAAAUGGAUUAUAGAACAAUUUUAUGGAUAUAAUUGUAAAGGGAUGAUGGAUAAACCGAAAAUUUUUAUUUUUCAAUGCUGUAGGUAA